AUGUUCCGUCUUAGCGUUCUGCUGACCAUCGGUUUGGCCGCUUCGGCCCUCGGAAACGUUCUGUCGCCCGAGUACUACGAAUGGGCUGGUCGCAUUGUGGGCGGUCAGAACGCCGGAACCAACCAGUUCCCUCACCAAGUGUCGCUGCGUUCCGCUGGCAACGCGCAUUUCUGCGGCGGCUCGGUCAUCAACAACCGCUACGUCCUGUCGGCAGCUCACUGCACGGUCGGUCGCACCACCGGCAACACGAUCUCCGUCGUCGGUACGAUCUUCCUGAACAGCGGCGGUAUUGCGCACAACACCGCUCGCAUCGUCAAUCACCCAAGCUACAACGCUAACACGCUGGCCAACGACGUUUCGCUGGUGCAGACUGCUUCCGUCAUCACCUACAACGCCGCCGUCCAGCCGAUCGGUCUCGGAACCAACUUCGUCACUGGUGGAGGAGCCACUGCUUCCGGUUGGGGUCAGCUUGGAGCCAACAUCGGCAUCCCGAACCACCUGCAGUUCUUGAACAACCAGAUCAUCACGCUGGCUGAUUGCCGCAACCGUCACACCGCCGGAAACGCUGCUCAGGUCUUCGACUCGACCGUGUGCACGCUCAGCCCGACCGGUCAGGGUAUGUGCAUGGGAGACUCUGGUGGCCCGCUGAUCCAGGGUGGUGUUCAGCAUGGUAUCGUCUCGUGGGGUAUCCCGUGCGGUCUUGGCAUGCCUGAUGUGUUCGCUCGCGUCUCGUCCUUCGUCGGCUGGAUCAAUGCCAACGCUGUCUAA